AUGCAUUUCCUCUGCCUCCACGGCCUAGGGACAAAUAGUCAGGUCUUCGAGGUUCAGACCGCGGGGCUCCGAUAUGAGCUGGGCGACCAGCACACCUUUGAGUUUGUGGAGGGAACCAUUCCCUGGCCGAUGGCCCCUGGAAUAUCCUCAUUAUUCGACACGGACGGUUCUUACUACUCCUACUUUGAUCCAAACUCGCCGAAGAGCGCGCUUGAUGCACUGCAUCAGUUGGACGAGUAUGUAAUGGCGGAGGGCCCGUUCGACGGCGUGCUUGCCUUCUCCCAGGGGGCCUGCCUCGCCGCGAUGCACUUGAUCCGGAAGAGGCAGCAGGAUUCCCGCGGCGGCCAAGCACAACCCCCUUUUAACUGUGCUAUUUUCUUAUCGAGUAUCCCUGCCUACGAUGCGGUCGCUUUUGAGAAUCGCGGGGAGGUCCGGUUGCUGGAACCAGCGACCGAUGGACAGCCGAUUCAGAUUCCAACGGUUCAUAUUUGGGGCCAACAGGAAGACAGCAAGAAGGAUAGUGAGUUGUUGAAGGAACUUUGUAAUGCACAGCUGGCUACUAUUUUUGUUCAUGGUGGGGGCCACGAGGUGCCGGGAUUAGGGGCAAAGGGUGAUGUCACAGGCGCCGUGAAGGCUAUCAGGAGAGCAAUUUUGAAGGCGCAAAAAUAG